AUGGACCAUUUCAGAUCUUUCAAUCCGAUCGACGUCGCGGAUUCAUCCAGCAUCGACUUUGAGCCAAACCCUGGUCAGAUAGACCCCGCACAGAAUCUCGUCUCCCUAAUCCCUCAGUUGGCGAUGCUGCCGGCGCCCGGCCCUCCUGCCGCGCAGCCAGCUCACCAACCGACGCACUUCGUAGGACUUGUGGAGACUACGACCGAUGCACUGCGUCUCAUCAUGGCUGCAAGGCAGGGUAUCAUACCUCGCAUCACGCGUCGACUGAAUGAGUCCGAGCGACGCUCUAUGAUCAAGAGUGGCGCGGUCUUUGUCUUCUCUGUUGAGGAAAGCGGCAUUCGCAGAUGGACGGAGGGUCUCGCGUGGUCACCCUCGCGCAUUGUUGGUAACUUUUUGGUCUAUCGCGAGGUGACGGAACGAGCACCCAGAGGCAGCACCGAGAAGAGUUCUGCGACGCCAGGGACAACAUCGUUCCCUGUCUCCUCCUCUCGUGGGUCGGCGCAGCGGCGAACGCGGGGUGACGGAAGUCGCUCAACAGACCCUUCUGCUUUGCGCGCGAAUGGUCUCAUCAAAAAGACCAUCACUGUCAAGGUUGACGGCGCGGACCACCACCUCAUCUCGUACUACAGAGACGAGGACCUACGCCAUGGACACCUCCUACGCCCGACGUCUUAUCCAGAAAUCAUGGCGUUGACAAUACCGCCAGAGAUGGUCCGCGGGACUAACUUUCGCCAUCCACCGCACAUAGAAUACAGUCCCGACGGUCGUGCUCACAUAUUCGACGCCGAAGAAGCGGAUGUGCGGCGCCAGCAACCGCGUUCAUCGGCCUCUACCUCCACGUCGUCGUCCUCGCGGUCUUCCCGCGGCAUGCCGCAACCCAGCCUGUCCAUCGACACCCUCGGCUCCUCUCCGCCAGAUGCGCUACCCGCCUUGAUUCCUGCUCCUCCGCAGGGAGGAUCUAGUUACAGCUCCCUCUAUGGUCGGGAACAAGGUGUUCUGUCUGCGGACGCGAAUCAAGUUGACCAGCGCUGGUCCCCUCCCAGUGCUCUAGCUACGUCUCCAGUGGACGGCUACCAUCGUCUCGAUUACCGUACCGGCUCACAACCGUCGGGGUCAUGGCAGCAGACGCGAUCGGCUUAUGCCCCCACUUUGCCGUCUCUGGCCGGCGUGGCGUCUGUCUCGACCUAUUACCAGACCGCUGUUCCGGAGCGCGCGGCAACUCCCUCUGCACCUUACACCCUCCCUUCAUCCAGCGCGCCUACCUAUAGUACGAGCGCUAAUAGUCUGCCGGACCGCCCUGGAACAGCUAUCGGAUGGUCCAGAGCUUCAAACAGUCCGAACUUGCCGGCCUAUUCGGGGGCCUACUUGUCGUCUGCGUCUGACAGCGCGGGGUCUAGUCCAGUCUAUGCGCACACCGACGUUGCCCAGCCAGCAGAAUACCCAGCCUCAUACCCGUCGUACACCUCGCGCGUCAACGCAGAGAAUCCAUCGUAUGCCCGUAGCGUGGAUGGUAAUCACCCUGGCUGGGAUUAUCAGUCAAGAGCUCCACCACCAGAAUGA